AUGUGUAAUAGAUGUGAAUAUAUUAAGCCAAUAAGAGUAGUUCAUUGCGAUGUUUGUGGAUAGUGUACCAUCAGAUUUGAUCAUCACAACUAUUGGCUUAAUCAAUGCAUUAGCUUGCAUAAUUUAAGGUAUUAUGUCUAACUUUGCUUCCAUACAGUGUUGGGAAAUAUAUUCCUACUAUUCUGCUUUUAUGAACUCUCUUACUAUCCUGAUUUGUUUGUAUAAAUCUUAGGCGGUCCAGGUGCUUGGUUUACAGUACAUUUUUUCAUGUGCAUACUGAAUAUAAACUAAGUUGUCCUAUAUUUCUGGCUAAUUUAUAAAGACUUAACGAUUGAAGACAUACUAGAUUUGUAUGUUGGAGAUAAAAGAAAGAAAGUGUAUACUUACCAAAGAAGAUCUUUCAAAGCUAACUUAGUAUUGAUAUUUGGAACAGAAAAUGUACUUAAAGCAUUGUUCUAUCCAUUACUGGAUGUUUUACCAAUUAAUGGUUUAGAAUACGAGUACGAAAAACUUUAACUAAGGACUUCAAAUAUGAGAGAGUAUAAUGAUCUCUGGAGUUUUAAUUAGCUUUAAUAGUGA